AUGAAGCACCGAGAAGAAGAACAAGCUGAGGCUUCUGAGAUAGGUCUGGCUAGAGCCGAAAGCCCCAGCAGAAGAAACGAGGAUGAACUUCCAAAUAAGAACGUCCAAGCUGGUGUAGAAGCCAUUGAAGCCACAACCAUCGCCUGGACAACAAAAGCCCUGAUCAUUGCCUAUGUCAUGAUUUGGAUCAUAUACUUCGUGGAGGGGAUGCUCGGGGGCGUUGUGGCCGCCUUGAAUCCAUAUGUCACUUCGGCCUUUGCGCUUCACUCGCUGACGCCGACUGUGAGCGUCUUGAGCAGCGUUAUUGGCGGUGUCAUCAACCUCACUCUCGCCAAAAUCUUCGACGUCUUCGGCCGACCACAUGGAUAUCUCUUCUGUGUCUCCAUUGCUACAAUAGGACUUGUGAUGAUGGCUGCGUGCGACAAUGUCGAAUCAUAUGCGGCAGCUCAGGUCUUUUACACGGUCGGCAACAAUGGACUCCAGUACAGUUUGUCUGUAUUCGUCGCCGACACAUCCAGUCUUCGUAAUAGAGGUCUUAUGCAAGCCAUUGUUAGUAUGCCCAAUAUGAUUACCUGCUGGUUAGCAGGUCCAAUAUCAACGGGUUACCUCAACGGACCAGGCUGGCGUUGGGCGUUUGGCAUGUUCGCGAUACUCGUACCAGCGGUGUCGCUUCCGCUCUGGGGCCUCCUACUGAAGAAUUACUUCAAGGCAAAGAAACAGGGUCUCAUACCGAUAAGCGACAACUCGCGAAACGGUCUGCAGUCGAUGCUCCAUUACUGUCGCCAAUUCGACGCCAUGGGUCUGCUCCUGGUAUCUGCAGGGUUUGCUCUCUUCCUCUUGUCUUUCGACCUCUAUACCUUGCAGGCGCGAGGCUGGGAUUCGGCUCUUGUCAUCAGCAUGCUGGCUGUUGGGGUGUCUCUGAUUGUUGCCUUUGGCGUGUGGGAGAGGUUUUUUGCCCCGAUCACAUUGCUACCCUGGACCCUUCUGCUCGAUAGGACUGCUCUCGGCGCAUGUGUUCUGUCAGCAAUCGUCUUUGUGAGCUACUACUGCUGGGCAAGCUUUCUCAGUUCUUUUCUGCAAGUUGUGAAUGGCCUUAGUGUCACACACGCAAGCUAUGUUCAGCAAACCUAUACAGUUUGUUCUGUUCUCUGCUGCGUGGCGACGGGGGCUCUGAUACACUAUUCCGGGCGCUUCAAGCCUGUUUGCUUGUACGUUGGAGUGCCUCUGAGCAUCCUGGGUGCGGCGUUAAUGAUCAACUUUCUCAAACCCAGCGGCACGAUAGGGUUCAUUGUCAUGUGUCAGAUAUUCCUGUCGGUUGGCGCCGGAAUCAUCAUCAUCUGCGAUGAGAUUGCCAUUCUAGCCGCAGCUUCACAUCAAUAUACUGCCAUUUGUCUAGCAGUUUUAUCAAUGUUUGGAAGUGUUGGUGCUGCCAUUGGUUUGACAAUUGCUUCAGCCAUUUGGCAGGACAUCUUCCCAAAGAAGCUUGCACGCUACCUACCGGCAACAGAGCUGGAAAACCUGCCUCUAAUUUAUGCAGACCUCAACACGCAGCUGUCAUACCCCAUGGGUUCCGAAACUCGCAUCGCAAUCCAGCAUGCCUACGCAGACACGCAGAAGAUGUUGUUGAUUGCAGGGACUGCUGUAUGGGCUGCUGGGGUGAUUGCGGUACUGAUGUGGCGGAACAUCAAUGUGAUUGGAAUCAAGCAGACCAAGGGCCAUGUUUGGUGA